AUGGCAGGAGCGAUCAUAGAAAACAUGAGCACUAAAAAGUUGCUUUUAUUUGGUUUCUUUAUUCUUGUUUUUCAGGUUUUUUCCAUCUUGGUGGGAGCUUUAAUUGCUCCUAGUCCCACCAGUGCCAUACGCUACUUGGCCACCAAAUGCAUCAACCGCCACAGGACGCGCGUCUGGCUCAUGCCGUGGGGUUCGAACCGGUGCCAGCAGGUCCACAGUUUUGACGAGCCUUUGGCCAAAAUCCUGGAUGCCAAUGACAUUGUUUUUGCUGUGCACGUACCUCUUCCCAACAAGGAGAUGAGCCCCUGGUUUCACUACAUGCUGGCUGUUCUGCAGUUUGACAUUGCGUUCAAAAUGAUCAAUCAGAUUGAGGAUGACGUUAUCGUCACUGUUGAUGCUCGUCUGGCAUACAGGGAUGAUUUGAAGUCUGAGUGGACUACUAAGUUUCACUCAGUGGAGCAGAGGCCGCUCAAGUGCACUUUUGCAGUCCCCAAGACAUAUGAAAAUGAGGGUCGCUUUUAUCACUGUGACCCCGUACCAUUGAUGGAAAUGGGAAGUGUGGCCCACAAAUAUUUUUUACUUAAUCUACGCUUGCCGGUGAAUGACACGAUGAACGUCGGCAUUGGAGAAAUAAAGGACAUCCAUAUAGUGGGUAUCCACCAGAACGGGGGCUUCACUAAAGUGUGGAUGAGCAUGAGGACAGUGUUCACUCCCUGGAUAUCUGCGGCGACAGCUUGGUACUGGCGCAGGAUCAGCAUCAUGGCAAGACCUCCAGUCCUUCUGGAAAAGGUGAUUUUUGCUCUGGGUGUCUCAAUGACCUUCCUGAAUGUGCCGGUGGAGUGGCUGUCUCUGGGCUUCGAGUGGACGUGGAUGCUGCUGUUGGAGGACGCCCAGCAGGGUGCCUUCUACUCUGCACUCUUCUGUUUCUGGAUCGUCUUCUGUGGCGAACACCUCAUGGACCAAAGUCAGAGGAACCGGCUCUCAGCGUACUGGUGGCAAGUCGGGCUGGUGGUGUUUGGCUCAUCUAUUCUCCUCAUAUUUGACCUGAGUGAAAGGGGGGUUCAUUUGAGCAAUCCUUUCUACAGUAUGUGGGGAUCAGACUUUGGGACGAACGUUGCAUUUACUUUCAUUAUUGUGGCAGCCAUUUCCGUUUGUCUUUAUUUCUUCUCCCUGUGUCGUAUGGUGUGUUGUGUGUUCAGGAACAUUGGUGGGAAGAUGCAACAGCUUCCUGCAAUGCCAGAGGCGAGGCGGCUGCGUUACAAGGGUAUAAUCUUCAGGUUUAAGUUUUUGAUGCUGCUAACUCUCGUGUGUGCAGCCAUGACCGUCAUCUUCUUCAUCUUAAACCAAGUCAGUGAAGGUCACUGGCACUGGGGAGACUACACUCUCCAAGUCCACAGUGCUUUUCUCACCGGGAUCUACGGCAUGUGGAACCUGUACGUCUUCACCAUCAUCUUCCUCUACGCUCCGUCACACAAGCGCGGCAGAAGCAAGUCUGCAGACGGUCAACACGCAGAUAUGACAGAGAAGCCGGAAAGCCAAGAAACACAGCUGACAUGUGGGGAGCAGGGCCCGACGGAGGCCUACAGGAUCACCGGGAAGGUGGCUGAGGAAUAA